AUGACAAACAGCGGCGACUCUUCUGCCAAAAGGAAGUCCCACACCAGCGAGAGGUCCAUGAAGCUGGACAUGUCGUGCGCAAACAGCGAGAUCACCGAACUCAGGGCGUACACUGGCUCGACAAACCCGAUCAGCGUGAACAGUUUGGGGUCCACCUGGGACAGCAGGUCAGGGAUCAACUGGAGUUCUCUGACCGUGGACUCGAUGUCUGGGAGCAUGUGA